GUGAAUCUGUGGGUGUGUGGCUGUUUUUUUCCCCUUUCUUUUUUUUUUUUGUAAAUGUUAAGUCAAAUCAGGAAGUGUGAUGCUGUGACAACACAGGAGGAAGCAGUGACAUUAUGUCUUUAUGUCUUUGCUUAGUAACAUGAGAGGCCCCCGGUUAAAGACCCCUCUACUUCUGCUGCUGCUGCUGCUGCUGAGCAGUCUGACUGAGAAAGCAUUUUCCCAAGAUGGGGAAGAAGACGACGACACCGAAUCCACACAAGAACCAGAAGAGACAGAAACAGAACUACCUGUUACACAACAGCAAGUUGACAAUACGAUGGAAACCCAGCCCACCUCAGCUUCCAGCCUAUUAGAUUUGGAUCAAAUGGAGGGCACAGCAGAUUCUGGUUCAGGAUCCUCAGCAGAUGUGGAAUAUGUGAAUUCAACAGAUCUGGCAGAAGAGGAAAAGGAGUUGGAUCUGCUUACCAUCCUGAUCCCAGCGAUACUGGGCGUCGUGCUACUCGUCGCCAUCGUUUGUGGCACCGUCAUCAUCAAACGUCAGUGUAGCAAAAACUCAACAAGCCAAGAGCAAAGUAAAGAAGAUCCAUAUCUGGACGGGUCCAGCACAGAGAAAGUACCCAUGCCCAUGUUUGAGGAAGACGUCCCCUCUGUCCUGGAGCUGGAAAUGGACGAACUGGACAAGUGGAUGCAAAAAGACUUUUAAAGGAGGCUCUGAUGCGCAGAAACACAGCAAACUUCACUCCGCUCAGGACUCUGAUGACCUCGUCCUUUUCUGCAAAAAGUCCAGCGUCGUUUGAUUCCAGAGGAGCACAUCUGACAGGAAACAACAGCGUUGGAUUCAUCUUUAACAGAAUGCUAUAGAACUGACUUGCAAAGCUCAGCACCGCCUGGACGCCUUUAAUGGAAAUAAACAACAACAGGUUAAGAGAACGAAAAAAAAUUGAGAGAGAGACUAUAUGAGCGUGAACAGUCAGCAGUACUGUUCCCAUUUUUUUCUUCAUUUUUUUGCAUUUCACUUAAGUCUAUUUCAGUGAAAGAGUGAUAAUGUUUUGUUUGUCUGCCAUGUUAGCAAAAUAUCUCAUGAACUACAGGACAGAUUUUCAUGAAACUCUCAGAGGGUAAUCGUCGGGUUGACAUCGACAGCUGAUUCAAUUUUAGAGUCAUCUCUGUUCAAGAUGGCUGCUUCAGCCAACCAACUGUAGUAAACACAAAAAUAGCUGCAACAUGGCCAUUUUUACAGAUAUUGAGCUAAAAUUUGAUGUGACAGUAGCUCAAAGUCAUGCUCCUUAUGCACUGUGAGUGCUAACUGAUUGCACAAUUUUUGUUUUAAAAACUUUGCCACUACUUAUUACAGUCAACUUUGACUGUAUGUUAGCAAAAUAUCUUACGAACCACUUGAUGGACUUUAUUGAAACUCUCAGAAAUUAAUAAUUGGGUCGGCAUCUACAGCUGAUAACAUUUUCAGGGUCAAAGAGUUUCAUGAAUUGUUUUUAUUUUGCUCAGGACAAUGGAUAAAGGCCAUUGUGCCAACUCUGGUGCAUUUAUGUUCUUUUGAGAAUUGAUUAAAGUGCACUAUCUUUUUUUUAAAUAAAAUAAUAUGAAAUCAUUUUCACAGCCAACUGACCAACUCAAAAAGGAAAUGUACAUUCCUUCAAGAACUACAAGAUCUGUAAAUGUUCAAGUAUCUAUGUUUAAAACAAAAAACAUGAGGACUAAAGGCUUUAUUCAUUUCUGUAAGUUUAUUCUGUCAAAGGCUAAGUGGUUGUUUUGUAAAGGACGUACAGAUGUCUGCUCUCAGCUCCCCUGCUGCUUUUCCCUUCGCUCACCUUCCACUGUGUUUGACUCCCUCCAGCUGCAGAUCCUAAUGAGGAAGACUGCAGACACGCAGGACGAAGAACAGCUGCUUCUUGCCUCUUUGGAGCAGCCUGGGAUUUCCACAGACAGACACAUUGUUUUUUUUAAUUAUUAUUUUUUUAAUUUUAAAAUAUGAAUCCCUAAAAUCACCAGUCUCCCCCGGGACUUUUGAUAAGUUACGGCUCUGCACCGAAACAGCUUUCCAUAAGCUGCUACUGAUGAGAUUUGUAUCUCACCACAGAUAACAGAUGAGUGUCUGAGUGAUAUCUGCUGACGCUGUUUCCCUUAAAUAGUUGGAUCGCAGCAAAUGAACCCUGUUACAGAUGGGAGUUCUUUCAGAGCCAGGCAGUGUUGGCAGUGACUCACUGUCAUCAGUGCUCUUUAUUGUGUUUUGUAAAUAUUUAAUAUGAGUAAUGCUCUGAUAAUGCUACGGAUAAAGAUUAAAAAUCAGUUUAGAUCCUUUGAUGAAAAAAA